AGUGAGUCUUUUAUCUCGUACGAUCAAGAGAGAGAUUUUUGCGUAGAGCGUUUAAAGAAGUGCCUUAUAAGAAGUCUAAAAGUUAAUUUUUUUUUAAACAAAUAAAUAGUCAUUUUCUAACAAUUUAUUAGACUUUUCAAGUGAAGAUAGAGACUAAUAGUGAGCAAGAAAUGUAUUUUUGUACUGAAAAGUCUCUGAGUCAAGUGUUUAAUGGUAUAUUUUUAAGCCACGAGAGCACAAAAAAACGAUAAGACCACAUAAGAGCCAAUGUUUACAGUUGAUACUUGCUUGAAGAAAAAAGUCUUUUUUUUUAUAGAGAAGAGAGUGAAAAUUUUUUGCGUAACAGAAGAAGCAAAGAGGGGAUAGACCUAGGUCUGAGAUAAGCUGUGCAAAAGCAAACUCAAUGGAAUUUCUUAGUUUAAAAAAAAAUGUGAAGAAAACAGAUUCAAUUCCUAGGCUAUAAAAUAUUUGCAAAAGAGACAUUCGCAUGUGUGUAAAUAAUAUUGGUUGGAGUGUGAUUGUGAUAAGGAGAAAAUAGUAAUAAAUAAUGUGCAGCAAUCGUCACAGCAGAAUAUUUGAUAAAGUAUAAAAGUGGGAAAACACAACUCUUCUGCCGCUAAAAAUAAUAAUCGAAAAAAAAGUUAAUUUCCCUCUCUGGCCAAAUAAAAGCAAAAGAAGAGGUAGAACAACAGAAUGGAGAAUUGUCGGCAGGUGUUUGUGUUUGCUUUGGCGUGGUUCUGCCUGCCAAUGCUAAUGGCCAGAAUACCCGAAGAACCUGCAGUACCCAAUCAAAUGGUCACCACAGAAUCCACUGUGAUUGCCUCAACUUCAGCCACUUCUGAGCUAAUGUAUCCCCCACAAAAUGGUCCAUGUUUCUACGCAACUCCCGAAAUGUGUUCCGAUUCACUGAUUCACGAUCCAAAAUACCAAGUUGCCAACUGUGAAUGCCGUCUGCAUCCAGUAAUUCCACGAUCUCUAAUCUGCUGCAAUGUGACCAAUUUGACAAAUAUCACAUCGUGCCAGGAGCCAGAUUCUUCAGAACAUUGGAAAAAUAUCCAUGUGCGCAAUGCCAGUCUUGAAGAAUUGGACAUUUCCAAUGGAUUCUGGAAGCUCUUUGACUCCAUCUCCAUCACGGACGGUACACUCAAACGAAUCACGCGAGAAUUUACAAAAUUUUCUGCAACAAAAUGCUUCAAUGUAUCCAAUAACAAUCUCAAUGAGAUUCAACCGCGUGGCUUCAAAAAUCUCAUGCAAUUGCAAGUCCUGGACAUUUCCUACAACAAUCUCUCCACAAUUCCUAACAUCAAUAAAGAAACCAAUUUAACCAUUGAUAUUCGAGGGAAUAAGGAUAUGCUGUGUAAAUCUGUGAGUGAGACAAUUGAUAAGGGAGGACUGGAGUUGAAUUUUGUGGAACCAGAUAAAACCUAUUGCCUCACAAAUCAAACUUUCAACUGGUUCAAUUCAACGGAUAGCGUUCCACUGAGGCAAUUGUACCGCAUGAAGCAGUUGCAGUCAGAAUGUCCCACAGAUUGCAAGUGCGAAGUCGAGAGGAUGAACUAUGAGCAACAAAAUGAUGAGGAUGGAAUCCCUUUGCUGAUUUUCUCAGCUAAAGUCGAUUGCUCCAACAGUCAUCUUACGGAAUUACCAGAGAAACUUCCCGCCAAUACCUAUUCCCUCAAUGUUUCAUGCAACAAUAUCACGAGCUUAUCAGCCCUCAAUGUCAAUCCAACUUAUCAGCAAAUAAUUCGUCUAUAUGCAGACAACAAUCAGAUCUCGUCACUCUUAGAUCUCGAGGGGACGUCCUUCAUUGAGGAAUUUGAAGUUUUGUCUCUGAGAAAGAACAAACUCAAAUCAAUCCCAAUCUACUUGCUCUCAAACACCCUGGAUAAGAAUCCACGAGGAAAAAUGCUAUACUUUGAGGGCAACAAACUCCACUGCGACUGCAAUUCUGCCAAAGUUCUGAGGUUAUGGCUCCUGGCCAGGCAGAAUCACAUCAAAGACUGGGAUCAGAUUCUUUGUGAGAACAUGCCUCAAAUUGUUGUGGAUUUAUCCGAGAUGAAAUUGUGUCAGUCUCAGCACGAUUGGACAGACUACAUCUACUACCUCAUUGCAGCUGAGAUCUUCCUCCUGGGAGCUCUAGUCUUCAAAGUCUCCUAUGACUAUUGGGUAUUCAAGACGGCUGGAUAUUUACCCUGGCCAGCCAGUAAAAUGCCCAAAUUGCCCUGUGACUGGCUCUGCGAAUCCUAAUUUAAAAAAAAAACAUCACAAAUCCCUCCCCCAAAAACAUCUGCCAUCAUCUCUGUGCCUUUUGAGCUUCUGUGAUUUUAAUUUGUUGUAAGCUGACCAUGCUGUGUUGACGUGUUUUUUUUUUGAUACUUCAAUGUUGGGAGAACAAUAAAGGAAGACUGUUUUAAAUUUA